GAAAUUUUGAUCAGUAAAAAAAACGAAAAUAUCGGUGAAAUAUCGCCGAUAAUUUCGACUUUUUAGUCCUUGAUUUCAUGAUCGAGUCUUAUGUACCGAUUCAAUGAAACUCUUAGUUGUGUCAUGUGUGUAGAUUUACUAGACAAACAAAUUCAUCUCAACUACUUUGGGACUACUGUAUGAGUCUCUCAGUCUUCCACAGUUUGUAAUUUGAGAAGAUAAAUGCAUCUUGUCUUGAAAAACAGAAGAAAGUUUCAAUUACAACAAAUACAAAGUUUCAAGGUUCUCCAUUCGGUGCUUUUCUAAUUAUGGAAGCUGUUACGCUAAUCGGAGGGGCUGCUCUAGGAACAGCAUUUACGGCUCUGUAUGAGGUCGUGAAGGAGAGUAAAGAGUAUAAGCCAAUGCUUAAACGCCUCAAGGGGAGGCUAACGUUUUUAGAUCCAAUGAUUGCAGAGGUCAGAAGAACUAAUACGAUGCUGCAGGGAGUCGAAGAUAUUAUGAAAGAAAUGGAUGCGGGCAGACAACUCAUUCAAGAGUGUUCCAGGGCUCAUUGGUUAACUGGCACGUACACGAGGUACGGGUACGCCUCAAAACUUCGCUCAUUAAAUAGAGCUCUUAAAGAUCUGAUGCAAAUACUGAUUGCAUACGGUGUAUUGCAAUUGACUGAGAACAAUAACGUUCUCACGAGAAUUUGCCAAAGUCCACUACCUGAACCUCCACAGUUUACGGUUGGACUGGAUAAGCCUUUAGGGGAAUUGAAGAAGCUUAUUGGGAUGGAUGGGGAGUCAAUGGUUGUGAUAACUGCUCCGGGAGGAUGCGGGAAAACCACUUUGGCAACAAAGUUUUGCCAUGAUCAGGAAGUUAAAGACAAAUACAAGAACAUCUUCUUUGUCACUGUUUCAGAGAAUCCCAACUGGGACCGUAUUGUAGAACAACUUUUCCAACGAAAGGGUUGGGACUAUAAAUUGCUCAAAAACGAAAGAAAUACUGAUUCGUGGCUGGAAUAUUUUCUGCGAGCAGACCAACAACCUUCCCUGUUGGUCCUCGAUGAAGUUUGGUUGGGAUGGGAAUCCCGUAAGCUUCUUGACAAGUUUGAUCGAUUCAAAAACUCGAAUUGCAAAAUUUUGGUGACAUCAAGAUUCCAUUUUCCAAAGUUUCGUUCAUAUUAUUUGAAGUCAUUGAAUGAUGAAGAUGCAAAGGAACUUUUUCAUCAUUCAGCCUUAUUGGGAGAGAGGACCUGUGCUAUUCCAGAAAGUCUUUCAAAAAAGGUACUCGAGUUUUGUAAGGGAUUACCGUUUGCCAUUACAGUGGUUGGAGAAUCACUUGCUCGGCAGGAGAGGGAGAUCUGGGAAAGGGUUACGAAAGGUUCUAUUCUUAAAUUGGAGAUGGUUGUACAUAAUCGACUCGAAAGCAGCUUAAAGGCCUUGGAAUCAGAAAAUCCUCUCUUAAAAGAAUGUUUCCUAGACCUUGCUUUAUUUUUUGAAGAUCGAUUAAUCUCUGCUGCUGCACUCAUUGAUUUGUGGUCAGAGUUAUACGACGAUCUAAAUGAGGACAGUUCGUGCAUUGCAAACCUCACCGACCUCAAAAAUAGGACUCUUGCUAAUCUUGUAUUCCCAAGAGAUGAGUACACCUAUGGCUACUACAGUGAACACUUCGUUACUCAACAUGAAAUGCUUCGUGAGCUGGCUCUUUAUCACACAAGUCUGGUCCGGAUAAGAGAGAGAAAAAGGCUAAUUAUGAACAUCUGUGGCGACAAUUUCCCCAGAUGGAAGGAAGAACUGAUGUGUCAACCUCAACCUCUCGAGGCUCACCUAUUAUCUAUCACAACUGAUCAAGCAUUCUCAACCGAAUGGUGCAAUAUUCAACCACCAAGAGCUGAGGUUCUAGUUUUGAAUUGUCAAACAAAAUGCUGUGCCUUGCCAAGACCUGUGCAGACAGAAGAUUAUACUUUACCUAAAUUUGGGGGUAAAAUAGAUAACUUGAAGGUUUUAAUAGUCACAUAUAAUGGUUACUUACCUGCUACAUUAAGUAAUCCUCUGCUAUUGGGUUCGAUGUCAAAUUUGAAGAGAAUGAGAUUAGAGCGCAUUUCAAUCAUAAUCCAGAACGGCUUAGCGCUGAAGAGUCUUUGUAAGAUGUCGUUCUUCAUGUGCAACAUCAGUCAAACUUUCCGUGGAAGUUCCAUCCAAUUUUCAGAUGCUUUUCCGAAUCUAGUGGAACUUAACAUUGACUAUUGCAAUGAUUUGGUGGAAUUGCCUGCCAGCCUCUGUGAUCAUAUUGUGCUGAAGAAACUCGGUAUCACGAACUGUCAUAUGCUAUCUACCUUGCCUGAGGAGAUUGGAAACUCGAUCAACUUAGAGGAGUUGAGGCUAUUGGCUUGUACAAAGUUGUCAGAGUUGCCCAACUCAAUUACGAUGCUCACGAAGUUGAAACUGCUUGACAUAUCUUGUUGCCGGAGUAUUACAAAAUUGCCUGAUUGCAUUGGUAAAUUGGGCAGUUUAAGAAACCUCAUCAUGAGACAUUGCUCAAAUUUGCUAACGCUGCCUACAACAAUUCUCGAUCUUAAUCACUUAGAGGAACUCCAAUGGCCCUAAAAAGUGGUGUGCCAACGUGAAACAUUGGUUUUACUCGUGUGAACUAGUGAAGUUGGCUCCAUUGCAUCAAGCCAGAUAGAGCGCGCGGCCAUGCCAAAGCUCCAGCAGGCAUAUUUAGUACCUUAUUUUCCUUUAUUUAUUUAUUUUUUGGUUUUGGCUAGCUUUUGUCAUCCUUGUUUUAAUGGCGUGCAGUCAACUAGUUUUUAUGCAGCAACAGUAAUUGCUAUGAUUUGUCAAGACGAUGGUUGAUAUCAGGAAACUAGUUAUUGCUGU